CACAGGUUGAAGUGAGCAUCCUCAUCCACAAAGAGGGAGCCGGGCUGUUUUGUCUUUCCUCUCGGCUCUGUCGUUUAUCCCCCGUCGCUGUCGCCUCUGCUGCAGUGUGUCCAACAUCAGCACGCGGGGAGCAGAAGCCAUAAGAUGAAGAAACGUUAUGUGGACGCGAACAGGCUACGGAAGAUGAAAAAGCUGAAAAUCACGGAGAAGCUGUCUGAAAGCGCGUACACCUUCCUGAAGUUUAUGGUGAUGUGGACACUGGUGCUGCUGGCAGACUUCAUCCUUGAAUUCAGACUGGAGUACCUGUGGCCGUGCUGGCUCUUCUUUGGGAGCGUGUACACCACUUUCCACUGCCAUGGGCUGGUUAUUUGUGUUGUUUUUGUUUGCGCUGCCUUCACUCUGGACAUCUUUUGUUUAAUUUUUGUUCCUUUGCACUGGCUGUUCUUUGUGGCGAGCACCUAUGUGUUAUUCAAUUACAUAUGGCACACAGAGAAGGGCAUCUGUAUAUCAACUGUGUCUCUGUGGAUCCUGCUCGUGUACACAGAGGCUUCACUUCGACUCAAAGACCUUAAAACCUCACAUGCCAACCUGUCCCAUCUUUUUGCCGCUCACUGUAUUGGAUAUCCUGUAGUUUAUCUGGGGUUUGAUGCCACCUGCUACUUCACCAACAUCUUUAAGCUGCGCAUACAGAAAGCAGUGCAGAGUGAGAAUGACUUCCACAUGCACCUCCUUCAGCACUCGCUCCCCCCAGGCCUGCAGGUUUAUCCCAAGACAGGCACAGAUGGCAGCAGCACCUCCAAAUGGAAAGUCAAGCCUGAGUCAAGUCAGUAUCAGUGUCAGAACGGUGCUGUGGUGGCCCAAGAUGAGGCACACACCGUGGACUGCCUCCAGAUCCGCAGCGAGGAGAGAGCAACAGAGAAAGGGUCACAGGAGGUGAGGUCAGCCGAACCAAACCGCCGGCCACCAUCAUCAUCGUCGUCAUCAUCCAAACCCAGUGUGGGUGAGUCCAAAGAUCUGCUGCACAGCAGCACAGGAGGACCGGAAUCAUCAACAACUCCAGAAAAUCUACCUCAAGAGGAGCACGGCAGCAAAGCAACGCGAGCAGCUAAGAACUCCUCACCAAAAGUCAGAAGAAGCAACUCAAAUACUCCUUCACCUCCUGCGGGAAGGACUGAGAAGAAACACAGGUCCAGCUCCAAAACAGUCAGCCCCAACAGGGAUGCAGCAGAAAAGAGCGCCACAGCAGCUCAGAGUUACCACACUGAACAGACAAGCAAGCUGGAGCAGGAGCUGAGGAGGCUGAAGAGUGAGCUGCAGACGAGCAGGCAGACCGAACAGGAGCUUCGAAGUCACAUCUGCAACCUGACCAACAGCGAGAGGAGCCUUAGACCAGAGGUUUCCCUGCUCAGACAGUCCAACAUGCUUCUCCAGAGCAAGAUUCUGUGCCUAACUAAAAACAAGCAGAGGGACAAGCAGACUUGUGUGAUGCUGGAGAAGAAGACCAGAGCAGAGGCAGAGGCCAGACUCUCUGCUGAGAAGCAGUUGGCUGAGCUUCAGGCUCAAAAACUGGAGGAGGCGGCGAGCACGGCGCGGAGUCUAACAAACAGGCAGGAACACUGUGAAACCCAAAUGUUAAGGAAAAGGGUUAAAGAGCUAGAGACAGAGUACAAACAACUACAACUGGAGUAUCAAGUGAAAGAGAGUCGUGUGGUAGAUCUAGAGAGUGAUGUUGAGGCUUUGGGAAAGUACCGCUGUGUGGAAAAAGAGACAGAUAUGCUGCUGUCCACUUUGUCAGCCAUGCAGGAAAAGGCUCAACAUCUGGAGUACAACCUGAGCGCUGAGACUCGCAUCAAACUGGACCUCUUCUCUGCGCUGGGAGACGCCCGCAGACAGCUAGAAAUCGCCCAAGAUAAGGUGAUGAAGCAGGACAGGGAGAUAAGUGAGAUGAAGAAGAAGAUUGCCGAGGUUAUGGCGGUGAGCCCCGGCAUGUCCUACAUGGCUCCCCGGCCCCACGUGCCACAGAAUCUCACCAAGUUGCUCAACUCCGAGCGCUACGUGCUGAAUCCACGAGCAUUGAUGUACCAGUGUUUGAAGAAAUAGGGGACGUCCCAGAGCUUUCACACCUCAUCAGAACUCGUCAGAUCCGGACGAGUUUAUCACAGAGCUAAACAACACCGCGAAGUCCUCUACUUCCAGCCAUGAGUGGAACCAGGCCAAGCCUCCACAAGUCGAAUGCCUUUUGCUGCACUGUUGGUGCUAACUUGAUAUUAUUCUGUAUAUUUCCUGUUUUCUGCCACAUCACAGGUCGAAGAGUUUCACUCCAAAAUGAGGUAUCUAAUAUGCAGAACUGGUCAUUUUUUUGAACGAAAAAAAAAAAAAGGUUUACUUAUCCCGAUUAAAUACAAAUGCAGGUGUCAGCAGAGAUACAAACCAAGUAGAUUUAUCUGAAUGAAGACCUGGUGCCUGAUGUGGACAUGCCCAGAGGAAGAUGGCACUGACAGGUUCUCUGCUGCCGCUAUAAAAUAUUUCAUUAAACCACUCUGUACAGUUUAACUCCUGGCAUGAAAGUAAAACUAACCAAACAACAUUAUUUAAGUCAGUUCUUGUGUUAAACUUACAGAUGUUUAAGAAUUCAGAGUUUUCUUGAUCUGCUGCAAUACUGACAAGAAGAUUCAAAGUAAUAUUUUUUUAAGCCCUAUUUGUCAGUAUUUAUUAGAACAAAAUGAUCAUUGAGGUCCAGCAGUACAGGUACUGAUCAUAAAAUUAAGAAAACAGUGGCUGACUUCUGUUCCGGUGUCUCAGUCAGUCGUGACAGUCAAACCACGUGACUCUGAAACUGGAGCCGCUAAACGGAAAUCAGCCAUCACGCUUUUUUCAUUGUCUCUGCUUUUCUUUGAAAAAGAGGCCAUAUUUUAGACUUAAAUCUUUAACGGAUUUUGGGCAAAUAUUGGAGUUGUGAACAUUAUUUACAUUCAUGUCUAAACAUGAUUAUAGAAAGAUGAG